GAUAAAUCGAUAAAAUAACAAUAAACUAUUUAAAUUCGACAUCAUCUUUUUUGUCUUUUUUUUCCCCUACACACGUACACGAAAUGUAUCAAUAUCCACCCAAUUAUAAUAAUAACAACAAUAGAUUGCCACUUACACCCAAUAGCAUUUCACCAACAAGAGAACCAAAAGAUAUAAUGAUGGAAGGCUCAACAUCGUCAUCAGAGUCAUUAAAUGAUUAUCCACAAGAAAUUACCUGGUUAUUCUUUCGAGAUAAUCAAUGGGUGCCAUUUCAAUCAAACAAUCAUUAUAAAAUAGAACAAGCGUUUACUCUAGGAGGCAUUUAUGUAGAUAUAAAAGAUUUUAACUUUCCUCACCUAAAAAGUAUACGUGUGUUUCCGACCAGAAUGUAUUUAUCUUAUCUUGGUAUGAAGUAUAGAUUGAGCUGCGUUAUUCAAGGUUAACAAGUGUAUAUUAUCCCCUUAAAGAAUAACUAUUUUAAUAAAUACCUGCAU